GGCGUCGUCUGUUUCGUUCUUUCUCUCUCUGCCCUUUCUCUUCUCGCAAUCCGAGUCGCAUCUUGGAGCGUCCCCCUUCCUCUCUCAAUCUUAAACCUCUCGCCCCCGUGCUACGAGAUCGCAAGGGAUCGUGGAGGAACCUUAUCUGUCUUUCUUCUCUUGUUUGGAAGAAGACCGGCCUGGAGAUCUGGGUUCGAGAUGGCGGCGACGCAGCAGGCGCCGGAUCGAAUCGAUUCAAUAGAGCCAUUGACAUCAUUGCAGACAAACACUGAGCGGAAAUCAGUUGAUGUUGACAAUUCAAGCAAACAGCCACCAUCUAUUAAAAAUGAGAAAGUGACAACUUCUGAUGCUUCACAUGAUAUGAGGGACAUGGAUCUCACAAGAGAUGUCCAAGGAAAUUUGAGUUCAUCUGAUCCUGUCCAUGUGGAUAGUAUGGUGUAUGCACAAAAUGCCUUUGCUCCUCAGGCACAAUCCUUUUAUGGAGGAUACCAUAAUUCAAUUAAUGACUGGGAAGGUCAAUCUCAGUUUCUAAAUCUCGAAAACAUGGAAGUUGGUCAAAAUGGUAUGUAUGAUAAUCAUUCGCUGCUCUACACUGGUUAUGGUUACAGUCCUCAAAUGCCAUAUGGCCCGUAUUCACCUGUCGCAACCCCUCUACCUUCUGUUAAUGGGGACGGCCUUCUUUUCUCCACUCAGCAAUUUCAAUUCCCAGGCCCAUACUACCAGCAGCCAUCUCCUGCCAGCAUUUCAUAUAUCUCUUCUGCAGCUCCUAUUCCACAAGCUGAUUGGAGACUUCCAAUUGAUCAACAGGGAGCAUUUCCUGCUGAUAGCUCAAAUUUCAAUGCCCAGCUAUACAGUCCAAGGCCUGGGUAUCAACUAUCAUAUGGCUCUUUUAGCGGAGACUGGUUGAGAUCCCCUGAUGGGACAAGAUCUGCAACUCCAUUAUUAUCACCUGCAGCUUCACCACAACCUAUCGGUGCUCAUUCUUUUGGGCAAAGCAUGAUUUCUUUCGGAAUGGUAGGUUCACAGCAGCAGCAAUCUUCAUAUGGUUAUGGAUCUGCUAUAGGUUCUGUUGAUAGAGGAUAUCCUCGUGCUGCAGUAUACCAUGGUAAUACAUUUGGAACGCUUCUUACCAACUCGGGAAUUAAGGAUCGGGGAGCAGUUACUAUGGAGAAAAGUAAGAGGCAAGGAAUCGGAAGUGCUCUAUUGUGCAAUUGCAACGGCACUCUUGAUUUUCUUAAUGAACAAAACCGAGGGCCACGAGCAAGUAGGACAAAGAAUCAGAUGAAUGAAAAGAAUCCUUCCAUGGACAUACUGAAUAUUGGUUCCGCAAAGGUCGAUCAUAAUCUUUAUAAUAAUCCUGACUUUGUGACAGAGUACAAGGAUGCCCGAUUUUUUAUAAUUAAAUCAUACACCGAGGAUAAUGUUCAUAAGAGCAUCAAAUAUGGUGUUUGGGCUAGCACUUCCAAUGGGAAUCGUAAGUUAGAUUCUGCAUACCAUGAAGCAAAAAAGAAAGAAGAUCCUUGCCCGGUUUUCUUAUUUUUCUCGGUAAAUGCGAGUGCACAAUUCUGCGGGAUAGCUGAAAUGAUCGGACCUGUUGAUUUCGAAAAAAGUGUGGAUUAUUGGCAGCAAGACAAGUGGAAUGGCCAAUUCCCUGUUAAGUGGCAUAUGGUGAAAGAUGUACCGAACAACAUGUUUCGACAUAUUAUUCUUGAAAAUAAUGACAAUAAGCCUGUCACCAACAGCAGAGACACCCAAGAGGUAAUAUUAGAGCAGGGUUUGGAGAUGCUUAACAUAUUCAAGAAGCAUGACUAUGAAGUAUCAGUCCUGGAUGAUUUUGAGUUCUACGAGGAGAGGGAGAGAGCAAUGCAGGAGAGGAAGGCUUUCCAGCAUCAGCUAUCGAAUUCAGCCGGUCCGAUCCCAGCAACAUUCAGGGAAGACCAAAGGAGCCAAGCAGUGAUCUCUGGCAGCAUUAUCAGUCAGAUUUCAAAGAACUUUGCUCAUACUAUGAGACUGGAAGAAAUCAGCAACAUUGACCUAUCAUCGAGCACUGCUGUUGCCCCCAAGCCUGAUGAUACAAUAAAGCCAGCAACUGCAACUGUGACUCCAAGUAGCUAGCAAGAUAAGAAAGAAGGAUUCAGCUUUUGCUAGCUGUAGGACAGUGUAGUCGCCAUGGACGAGCUGCUGCUGAGUAAGAUCAGUUCUAGUGUUGCUGAAGCAGUUGUACAUUUUGUUGGCCACAUAAGAAAAAGAAGUUGAAAAAAAAAAUCACAUCUCUCCAUUUUGUUUCCUUUUUAUGUUAUUUAAUUUCCCUUUUUUUUUGCCUGCCAACCAACCUUGAGCAGAUGUCUACCAGCUUUUGUAUAGUCAUUCUAAUGAGAGAUGAAUGAAUAAUUUGGCCUUUUCCCUUU